AUGGCAGAAACUUCGAUUUUGAGACCAAGUGGAUUGGCCCAUAUUGUAUUCCGAACUGGAGAUUUGUCUGCUAUGGUUAACUUUUGGAAAUCAUUUCUCGGUGCCGAAACGGUGUUCGAGAGCGACAUCAUUGCCUUCCUGCGCUACGAUGAGGAACAUCACCGCGUGGCCAUCAUUAAGGAAGAAGGUCUGACUCUCCGAGCUGGCCCGACAGCUGGUUUGCACCACGUUGCCUUCUCCUACAAUACUGUAGGAGAACUACUUAUGGCCUACAAAGCGCGUUUAUCAAAAGGAAUCAAGCCCGCGUGGUGUGUCAACCAUGGGCCGACCACAAGCAUAUACUACAAGGACCCAGACGGCAACGCCAUUGAGACCCAGGUGGACAACUUUGACACGGUCGAGGAAGCCAACGCCUUCAUGACGUCGUCUCUUUUCCGCGAGAAUCCUAUCGGCACUGAUGUUGACCCAGAUAUUUUACUGGAGCGUCUGGAGAAGGGGGUUAGUGAUAAGGAGCUGAAGAUCAGGGUGGAAAUUGGGCCAAGGCUGGAUAUCCCGGCGAACUUGUAG